AUGACUACCGACUCUGCCAAGAGACCCAACACGCCGAAAGAACAUCCUGUUCCCACCGAGAAGACUACGUCCCGAGUCGCCGAGAACAAGCCAAAGGCCCAGGAAGCUAACCGCUCUCCCACCAAGGGUUCGUCGCAGCGCGUUGACGAAGCCAAGUGCGCCACCGAAAAGAAGCUCGUCGACGAGAAGAAGGACGACAAAGCCGCCAAGGAGGAGGAAGAUCCCCAAGAGCUCUGGCGACAGAAUUACCCCGCGCGCUUAAAGCGUACCAAUGAAGAAUUCUUUACCAAGUUCCCCAUCUCUGGUGUUCCUGUUCCCGACACCCUUCCUUCCGUGGCCUACCAGUAUAAUGAUGAAGGGUACCAUGAAACCGAUCUCUCGUACAUGAAGCAGUACGAGAUCGAGCCGGAGGACGAGGACUCGAAGACCCUUCAUGACUUCUUCAACGUUGAGUUACAUCCAACUCCGCAUACAACCUUGCACAACAUCGAGACAUAUCCAAAAGCCCGAGAGAGCGAGAGGCAUGUUCAUCCAUGGUGGUGGACUACCCUAAGAAAUCUCCCAGGGUUGCGCCAACGCCUCAGUGAAUUAUAA